AUGGAAAUGGUUGGUUUUCUUCUCUUCAGUCAGAUCUGUAAAGUGUGUGCAGAGGUCCUGUUCUGGCGUGUGGGUGAGAGCCAGUCUGUGGAACUGUCCUGUCCCAUCACUGCACAGAGCCCAGACCUGCACUUGUACCACUGCAGCGGCCACAGCCAGAGCACGCUGCUUUCGCUGCGCCAGGGAACUCCCCCCACGGUGAGCCCCAGACACAGGGGCCGUCUGUGGCUGGACGGGGGCCUCCACUCUGCACGAGUCAAUGCAACUUUACUGCACCUGGAGCCCAGCGACACCGGGCUUUACGUGUGGGAGAUGACAGAGAACAACUCAUCGAAGCGUCUAAUCUAUGAACAAAAGAUUUUCUUGUUGGUUGAAUCAGCAGAAGCGAUGUGCCCCUGCUCUUCUCUUUAUCCAACUGUCUUGUACACCAUAUCUGCAGCAGCUGGGCUUUUUCUGCUCAUCGUUUUUAGUUUAGCCUUAGCAAAAUGUGCCAAGUCCAAUCACCAGGGGCCACUUCCGCCUGCUCCCAUCUAUGUAGAAAUGAGCAGGAAGGAGCAGACGAUGUCCCAGAAUAUCCCUGAGAAGCCUUCACACCUGGAGGAAGCCCGGUUUCCUGUGUAUGCAAACCCCAGCUAUGGACAGGCACAGGAGCACCACUACGCCUCCCCCAGACUGCUCAAGAUGCAAGGUUAA